AUUGGAACAGCAAAUAUAUGUUUUUUUCCUACUAUAAACCUACAAUUUUCUCGGCUUGGCGUUUUGUCAUUCGACAGUAAUUGCAGACCUUUUGAUACUGCUGCAAAUGGUUAUGUGCGUAGCGAAGCAGUGUCAGUGAUAUAUCUUCAAAAGGUGAAGAAUGCGAAGAGGAUUUAUGCCAUAUGUCCGCAUAUUAAAUUAAACUGUGAUGGUUAUAAAGAAGAAGGAAUAACAUACCCAUCGUCGUUUAUGCAAAGUACUUUACUAACAGAAUUUUAUAAUGAAUGCGGAAUACCGACAUCUUGUUUGGAUUACAUAGAGGCACAUCUGUCUCUUAUACACAUCUUCUGAGCGG